AUGGUUGUGGGGUUUUUUGAGUCAUUACCGCCGUUCGUUAAGACGUUACCAGAAACGAAACAAUUGGAUUAUGUCUUGAAUCAGUUAAAAUGGAUGGAGAACAAUUUCGACGAUGACGAAAAUAAUCAUCGUCUGCGAAAAGCAGCCAUGGAGACCGUAUUGCGAUAUUCUGUGGAAAGUAAUCCAUUUUACAAUGAUGAACGAUUGUUAUACGUUUUCUGCAUUGUUGGGAAAUUAAGUCGCACAAUGGGUAUGAAGCUAGUGAUGGAAGAGUUGCACAAUCGAAAACAAUUUUAUGAACUGGCAGAGUUUUACGUCAAGUGGGCAGAGAUUUUUGCAGAAGAAAGGAACAAAGAGCGCUUUAACGAAAUAUGGAGUAAAGCCGUAAAAGCAAAUGCUAAGCCUAUAUCACGAGUUGAUGAAGCUUUUAGGUGA